UUAUUAUAAUAUUCCCUAAAAGUCUUCACAGGGACUGAAAAGUCCUGCUUGUCUACCUGGCCAUUAUUAUAAAUAUGCGUUCUAACGUGGCAUUAUCAUAAUAUUCAAUGCUAUUAAACAUCAGAGGACUUCAGAGCGGCACAAACCCACCAAUUUUAAUACAAUAAAUUUUAGAUCACUAUCUACAAAUUGAUAUGUCUAAUACGUUCGUCACUGUACCGCGUCCAAAAGGCAAGACGGCAACCUCCCAAGUUCAACAUGAUCGUCAUGAGAAAUAUACAAUGAAUGAAUGGCUGUCCGAGUCCGUGGAUGAUCAGCCAUACAAUGCAAUUGCAGCUGUCAAAUUGGAACAAAGCGUCAACAAAUGUCAAACCACGAAAUCAGACCCUCUCUCUGAAACACUCGCAAAUGAUGAGAAGUAGUUGCGAUUUUGAGUGUGCUUAGCUAGCGUCGUUGUGCAAGGGGUUGUACAAGGGCCAGGGAUCAUGUACCUGUACAGGCUUAUGCAGGGUGGGUGUGAAGGUGGCCGCCAAGGCAGAGUCGUUGGCCAAGUAUCGAUUAUUGGCUAUAAAUAACAUUCGAUUCUUCCAACAUACAUCG